CAGUAGAUCCUAAAAGCCAUGUACAUUCAAGUCGAGAAUCCUAAAAGGGGACAUAUAUAUAAUAUAAAUAUCUAAAGUAGUUUUCCCAGUUCAUCAUCUUCUUGUAGAUGAACACUGAAAUUUUCCAGUGAUAAAAAGCUUGAAAAGGAUCACAAAAGAUUCAUAGAAAUUAGGCAGUUUUAGGGUCUUCUCUGUUGAAGUGCAUGGCUAAAUUGUUGAGUAAUUCUUGUUCCCAGUCAUCUUCAGUCACAUUCUCUUCUUUGCACAAUGAGAAAUUGUGUUCUUCAGGAAAGCUCAAAGUUAUACCAAGUGUAAGUCAUUUCUCCAAGUGGGCUCCCAAGAUUAGUGCAAGAAUUCAACUCAGAAGUCAUUUUGAGCUCAAGUCCUCCAAUGGGUACCCUCUUAAUGCUGUUUCUUUGCAAGAUGAAGGUUCAGAUGCAAAUCCUCAGGCAGAAGAGCCGCAUUUUCCUGAAUUAGGAGAAGGGGAUUCAACUCUUAGCAUAACCGUUGUUGGUGCAUCGGGGGACCUUGCCAAGAAGAAGAUUUUUCCGGCUCUUUUCGCUCUUUAUUACGAGGAUUGGCUGCCUGAGAACUUUGUUGUUUGUGGUUAUUCUCGGACUAAGAUGAAUGACGAGGAGUUGAGGAACAUGAUCAGUAGAACCUUAACUUGCAGAAUUGAUAAGAGAGAAAACUGUGAGGACAAAAUGGCGCAGUUUCUACAGAGAUGCUUUUACCAUUCUGGUCAAUAUAAUUCAGAGGAACAUUUUUUGGAGUUGGAUAGCAAACUGAAAGAGAAAGAGGGUGGUAGACUAUCAAAUAGGUUAUUUUAUUUAUCCAUACCUCCAAACAUAUUCGUGGAUGUGGUGAGAUGUGCUAGUACUAAGGCUUCUUCAACGAGUGGAUGGACGAGAGUAAUUGUUGAAAAGCCAUUUGGCCGUGACUCAGAGUCGUCUAAUGAGCUGACGAGAUCUCUCAAGCAGUACCUAACAGAGGACCAAAUAUUCCGAAUUGAUCAUUAUUUGGGCAAGGAGUUAGUCGAAAAUCUAUCUGUGCUUCGCUUUUCAAAUCUCGUCUUUGAGCCUCUUUGGUCGAGAAAUUACAUCCGCAAUGUCCAGUUGAUAUUUUCUGAAGAUUUUGGUACAGAGGGACGAGGAGGAUACUUUGAUAAUUAUGGAAUCAUCAGAGAUAUAAUGCAAAAUCAUCUGCUACAAAUAUUAGCAUUAUUUGCAAUGGAAACACCUGUUAGCUUGGAUGCUGAAGAUAUUAGGAAUGAGAAGGUCAAAGUUUUACGGUCUAUGAGGCCGUUGCAGCUCGAAGAUGUGAAUGUCGGCCAGUACAAGGGGCACAGCAAGGGUGGGAAAUCAUAUCCUGGAUAUACAGAUGAUCCAACGGUGCCGAAGAACAGCAUUACUCCAACAUUUGCUGCAGCAGCCCUCUUUAUUAAUAAUGCUCGUUGGGAUGGCGUACCAUUUCUCAUGAAAGCAGGCAAAGCUCUGCACACUAGACGGGCAGAGAUUAGAGUUCAGUUCAGACAUGUUCCAGGUAACUUGUACAAACGGAACUUUGGGACGGACUUGGAUAAGGCAACAAAUGAGCUUGUGCUUCGUGUACAGCCGGAUGAAGCCAUAUAUUUGAAAAUUAACAACAAGGUUCCGGGGCUUGGGAUGAGACUAGACCGCAGUGACCUUAACCUACUUUACAAAGCGAGGUAUCCAAGGGAAAUACCGGAUGCUUAUGAGAGACUCCUUUUAGAUGCGGUGGAAGGCGAGCGGAGACUGUUCAUCAGGAGCGAUGAGCUCGAUGCUGCAUGGGCUCUAUUCACACCAUUGCUGAAGGAACUGGAAGAGAAGAAAAUUGCUCCGGAGUUGUACCCGUACGGGAGUAGGGGGCCGGUUGGAGCUCACUAUCUUGCAGCUAAACAUAACGUCCGAUGGGGAGAUCUUGCUGGCGACGAGUAAGGGACAAGAUUCUACUAUGGCUCUUCAGAUAUCCUGCUUUGAUCAUUCUCAACACAUGAGUAUAUAGGUAAUAUUCGUCGUUUCUUGAUGAGUCGGAUGACUACGUAUAGAAGGUGGUGGCUCUAAGUUGGAUGAGUUCAACAUAUCCUUGAAUAGCUUGCAAAUUCGUACUUAGUGUUCAGAUACUAAUGUUGUAUAUGUGUCAUACUAUCCUUAUUGAUACUUCAUAAUCACACCGUUCUUAGUUAAAUGAGCUGCCCUAAAAUUGAAAGAAGAAAAGAAAUGUUAAA